AUGUCGUCGCGUCCGUCGCGUCGAAACGCGUCCAAAACCGAUCAGGCGAAACAAAAGUUGGAACAGCUGAAACAGCUGAAAGAAACGAAAGGGAAGAAGCGGUUGGACGACAUCGACGGCGACGAAGACGUCGCGAACGUGUACGAUGAGUAUUCUUUUUGCUUCUACGAAACGCUCACCUUUUUUGUCUCGGCCGUCGUCGUGGUCACGAUCAUCAUCAUAUUUAUUUAUCAGGUCACGGAGGAAGAGUACGCGAAACUCGUCGCGAAGCGACGGAAGGAAAACGCAAACUUUGUGGUCGGCGCGGAAGAGAACGACGAGUACGUCGAUAUGGGGGAGGAGGAAGAUUGGACGCGAGAGAAUCCGGCGUACAGAGACGACGAGGGCGACGACGAGGACGGUAGGAAUAAUGCCAAUGCUAGCAUGGACGCGGAAGACGAGGAUGGAGGAGCAGCGAAUGGGAAUACAAAGUCAAAGAAGGAGCUCGCGAAGGAGAAGAAGCGCAAACAGUUGGAGAAGGAAAAGUUGAAAGCGAGCAAAGGCGUUGGUUUAGCCGGGUUAAAAAUGGAUAUGAAGAAGCGAAAAGCAGAGUUGGAGCAGAAGGAAGCGGAAGCGGCAGACGCAGAUGCACUUUUGGAGGAUAUUUUAGCCGGCGUUGAUCAAGCCGACGAUGACAUGUUGGGAGACGCCGGAGUGAAGCCGGCGUUAAAGAAAUCCAAAAAGAAGAAAGCGAAAAAAGCCAAGAUUGCGGUCGAAGAGAUGGACGCGAAAGCAAAGAAAAAAGCGGCGUUUGCAAAGAAGAAGGGCGUCGCGUUUCCGGACGAACCACCUUUGAAUGACGAGGAUGAUGAUGCCGUGAAGCCGAUGGAUGAUCACGACGAUGAUAUGGGUGCUCCCGCUGCGGUUGCGGACGACGACGACGACGUCGUCGUCGACGGGACGGUCGCGCCGCCAGAUGUUAACAUGGACGACGAUAAUGACGACAAAGAGGUUGAAGACGUUGAUGUGAAGAAAAUGACGACGGCGAAGCAGGCGCUUCCAACGGAAAAUAAAGGCGCUGGUGCCGCGAUUGCUUACGGAGAUUACGACUCCGAAGAUGAUGAAGAAGACGCCGAGCUAGCCUUGCGCGAAAAGCUCGCCGCUGAAUGGAAACCCGAUUCUGGGCUUCCCGUGGACGAUUUUGAUAAAACGUUGCCGUUUUACUUUUUGGACGCGCAAGAAGAUAUUGGUUCCCCAGGUACCGUCUUCUUGUUUGGUAAAGUGCCAACGCGCAGAGACCCGCAAACGAACGUCUUGGAUCCUUCUUUGGGCACCGUCUCGUCUUGCGCCGUCGUUAAUAACAUGCAAAGAUGCGUCUUUGUCGUCCCUAGACUUGAGUUUACGCCGCAAUCGUUGGACGAAAGCAACGAGCUCAAGACGCUGGAGGAGAAAGCGAACGCGAAAGAUGCGUCCAAAGCCGACAAAGUCGCUCUCUUGAAAUGGUUGCAAGUGAAAACGAAACCAGUCAAGGACGAAUUGAAGAAAAUCAUGAGCGAAAGAGGCGUCGAUCAGUACACGAUGAAACCAGUCUAUCGUAAGUAUUGCUUCGAAAGAAACGAUAUUCCAAGCGGCGGUCAGUAUGUGAUCAAGCUGAAGUAUUCGUACUUGAACUCCGCGUUACCGUCGGAUAUCAAAGGCGAGACUUUCUGCGGCGCCUUGGGCACGCAAACGAACGCGUUGGAACACCUGCUUGUGAAAUCGAAAAUCAUGGGUCCCUCUUGGUUGGCUUUACACAACGCCGAGAUUGUUCCGCAAGCAACUUUGAAGGACAAAGAAGCCAUGAAGUCAUGGUGUAAGCUUGAAGUUAAUUUGCAGAACGGACAUAAGUCUGUCCGAAACCCGACGGUGGAGGCUAUCGAGGCGCUCGGCCUCGGCGGCCAGCAGCGCGAUCCGCCGACGGUGAUUGUCGCCGCGUUGAAAUUGCAAACGGUCGUCAAUCAUAAAACGAACGCAAACGAGAUUUGCUCCGCGUCCGUCGUGUAUUUGCAAGACGUGCGAGUGGAUGUCGGUACGGAUUGCCGCGCGAAAGUGACAGAUAUGCCGUGCGAAUGGGAAAAGAAAGCGAGACACUUUUCGCUGGUGCGCAAACUCUCUGGCGGUAACUGGCCGUCGGGCUGGGAGCAACACGUUGCGAACGAAAACAAGACGAACAAUGUCGCCAAACGUACAAAGUCGAUCGUCCUUUCCGCGCAAGCAGACGAGCGAGGGUUGUUGUCCAUUCUGCUGGCUCGACUAUCGCAAAUCGAUGCUGAUGUUAUUUGCGGACACAACGUCGCCGGUUUCGAUGUGGACGUGUUGUUGAACAGGUUGAGAGAAAACAAAGUCGCGCACUGGUCCAGAAUCGGUCGAUUAAAACGCACGAGAUUUCCAAAUUUAUCCGGUGGGAACCAAGGCUCUUUUGGCGGUGGCGCGAGCAUUGGUGCGCUCUCGUGCAUGUCCGGACGCUUGUUAGCGGACACGUACCUCUCGGCACGCGAUUUGUUGAAGGAAGUUUCAUACACUUUGACCAAUUUGAUGAAAACGCAAUUCGACGAAAAUAGAGCUGAAAUUCCGCAUCAAGACGUUCCAUUACAGUUCAACUCUACGCAAACGUUGUGGCAGUUGACCAAGAACUCGCAAACGGAUGCGUUUUAUUCGUUAUGGUUGAUGUUGCACUUGCAAGCGCUGCCGUUGACGAGACAGUUGUCGAACAUUGCCGGAAACACGUGGUCGAAGACGUUAGGACACACGCGCGCCCAACGCGUCGAGUUCUUGUUUUUGCAUGAGUUCCACAAGCGUAAAUACAUGGUUCCGGAUCGUUUGUCGGCCAAGGAAAAGAGACGCGUUCAAGCUGCCGAGGCGAAGAAUGGCAAUGGCGAUAAAGAUGUGGACGAUAAAAAAGGUCCGCAAUACUCUGGUGGUUUAGUUCUUGAACCGAAGAAAGGUUUGUACGAUAAGUACGUCUUGAUGUUGGAUUUCAACUCGUUGUAUCCGUCUAUCAUCCAAGAGUACGAUAUUUGUUUUACGACUGUCAAGAGAGGUAAAGACAUGGCCGGUUUAGCCCCAGAGCUUCCUCCGCCGGUUCUCGGAAAACCGGGCGGAGAAAACGCCGCCGUUCUUCCGCAAGUCAUUUGCAAGUUGGUUCAACACAGAAGAGCGGUAAAAGAACUCUUGAAAAAAGAAACGAAUGAUGUCAUAAAAGCGCAAUUAGAUAUUCGGCAGCUGGCUUUGAAACUUACCGCGAACAGUAUGUACGGUUGUUUGGGUUUCAGCGCGUCUCGCUUUUACGCCAAACCGCUCGCCGAGUUGAUCACCGGUCAAGGUCGUGAAAUUUUACAAUCCACCGUAGAUUUGGCGCAAAACUUAUCCUACGAUGUCAUCUAUGGCGAUACUGAUUCUAUCAUGAUCAACACGAACAAAGAUAACUUGGCAGAAGUGCACAAAGUUGGGCAAGAGGUCAAACGAGAAGUUAACAAACGCUACAAACUUCUCGAGAUUGAAAUGGAUGGAUGUUAUCGCUCGAUGCUUUUGUUGAAGAAGAAAAAAUACGCCGCAGUUGUCGUUGAACCAUCCAUGCACGAGGGCAAAACGAUAUACGUGGAGCGCGUUGAGAAGAAAGGCUUAGAUACCGUUCGUAGAGAUUGGUGUAAGCUCGCGAAAGAUGUCGGGGAUACGUGCUUAGAUGAAAUUUUUAAGAAACGCGCGGUUGAAGACACGGUAGAGAAAAUCCACGACGCGUUGAGAGAGGCGAGAACGAAAAUGGUGAACAACCAAGUCAACUUAGAAUCUUACAUCGUGACGAAACAAUUGACAAAAUCACCGAGAGAUUACCCGGACGCGAAUUCGCAGCCGCACGUUAAGGUUGCCUUGCGUCGCAUCGAGCAAGGUAAACAAGACGGCGUCAACGCGGGCGAGACCGUGCCGUACAUCAUCUGUUGCGAGGUGAAACCAGAAGACGAGAAGGACAUGACGAACGACGCCAUUGCUAAUGGACACGCGUCGUCAAAGUCUGGAGGCAAAGGAUUAGCCGAGCGCGCGUUUCAUCCGGAAGAAUUGCAAGAGAAUCCAAACUUGAGAGUCGAUUUGCACUACUACUUGACGCAACAGUUGCACCCGGUUAUUUCUCGUUUGUGCGCUCCAAUCGAAGGUACGGAUGCCGCGCGAUUGGCGGAUUGUUUAGGCUUGGACGCUUCCAAAUUUGCCGCGAGAAAUGUCGGAGCCGACGAUGACGACAUGAACGCGAACCGAUACGCGGCGUGCUCGUUAGAUGACGACGCGAUGUAUGAAAAGUGCGAACCGUUGAAGUUGUUUGCGAGCGACGGCAAGACGGAGUUUACGUUUCCGGGCGUCCGAGACAUUCUUCUCGGUAAAAUUUCCUGCGCUGACGCGUUGAAACCGCCGAGUGCUAGAGGUGUCGUCAGUGCCACUGAGGAUAAAGAAAAUGCCACCACCACUUCUGUGAAAACACCGCAACCGAAAACGCCGGGAUCUGGAACGGCCGCGACGACGCCGGAUGCCGCGACGACGCAAAAGAGUAAAACGGACGCUUCGGCAACAACAACAAUUCAACCGCUUUCCGCCGCUGCUUUUACGAAUCAAGUCACCUUACAAGUACGCAAAACGAUCCAAAAGUAUUACGCACAAAAGUUGCGUUCCGACGAUGAAUUGUACCCGUGCGAAACCAGAGACAUCACGUUGAAAGCGGUGGGAGACGUCGAAGUCGGCACGAAACCGUUGAAUACCAUUUGCUCUGGCGUCAUGAAAAAAUCGUUCGAAGAGAGAGAGUUGUACACGCAGCUCGUCCAUUUCAAACGUUUGUUGAGCAGAAAAGACGCGUUGGGUAGAAUUAAAGACCAAAGUAUUCGUGGCACUUGCGAAAAGAACAUCACGAAGGAAAUGAGAACGGCUUUGGAUUUGGCGAAGGACGAAGUCGAGGAAGUGUUGAAUUUGAGCGCGUACAGAUGGGUCAACUUGAGCACUCUGUUCGGCUUCUAA